ACUGUCGGAGAGAGGUUGCCUGUCCAGAGAAUUCCUCAUCUGAACACAAUGGACUGAGUGGUUUUCUUAAGCGCUCCAGUUUUUAAAAUCUUUCUAAAGAGCCUCAAAAGAAGCCGAUCGAAGCUGAACUCAUGGAUUGGAAAUUCCUCCAGGGUCUUCUUAGCGGAGUCAACAAGUACUCCACUGCCUUUGGACGCAUCUGGCUAUCGGUGGUCUUCGUCUUCCGGGUGUUGGUCUUUGUGGUGGCUGCCGAGCGGGUCUGGAGCGACGACCAGGGACACUUCGACUGCAACACCCGCCAGCCGGGGUGCACCAACAUCUGCUACGACUACUUCUUCCCCAUCUCCCACAUCCGCCUCUGGGCUCUGCAGCUCAUCUUCGUCACCUGCCCGUCCUUAAUGGUGGUGCUGCACGUGGCCUACCGGGAGGAGCGGGAGCGCAAGUACCGGGCCAAGCACGGCGAGGACACCCGGCUGUACAACAAUCCGGGCCAAAAGCAUGGCGGUCUGUGGUGGACUUACCUGUCGAGCCUCUUCAUCAAGACCACCUUCGAGAUCACUUUCCUCUACUUGCUGCACUACAUCUACCACAGCUUCAAGCUACCCAGGAAGGUGCAGUGCGACGUCAAGCCCUGUCCUAACUUGGUGGACUGCUACAUAUCCCGGCCCACCGAGAAGACCGUUUUCACCUACUUCAUGGUGGGGGCGUCCAUCGUGUGCGUGGUGCUCAACAUCUGUGAGAUCUUCUAUCUGAUUGCUUUCCGGGUGGUGACCCUCAAACACAGAGGCAGCGUCCAGACCCCAUCGAGGAGGGUCCACCCGAACCUGGACUGCAAGUCCUCUCUCGCGUCAUAAUACUUGUUGUUAUGCCUUUAAUUGACUUACAAUCCUUUUUCCCUUUGAGGGUAUUUUUAUUUAAAAAGUAAUUUUAUGUAUAAUUUCUAUAUAAAUAUCAUGUUGUAUUGUAAGAAACAGUCCUAUGCUCUGUAAUGAUAUUUAAAAGAAAAUUUCAUAAGUGUAAUAAUGAUUUCAGUAGCAAAAAAAAGCUGAAUGAUUUGACAAUAACCAAAACUGAC